AUGGAUUUAUGCGAUAAGAAGGAAAAUAUUCAACCACUGCGUAGGGGAAGACACGUUGAGCAGCUUGAGUACGCAUUCGUGUCGCCGGAACAAUGGGAAGAGGAACGAAUGGCCCACGAAAAGGAAAUCGAUAGCUAUGAAGGUGACGAUCCGCUGCUGCCUUGGUACGAAUACUUUUUCUGGAUGGAGCAAACGAACGUAAGCAACUUCAAGCCAAUGAUACAGGAGCAAGCGCUGCUUCGGUGUGUGCAGCUGUACGAAAACGAUCCCCGGUACAUGCAGGAUCGUCGGUUCAUAAAGUUGUGCAUAAAAUAUAUUGAUGCACAACCAUCACCGGUGGAACUGUACAACGAGCUGUACAACCGUGGCGUUGGCACGCUGUGUGCCGAGCUGUACAUUGCCUGGGCGUACUAUUACGAUGCGGUCGACAAUUUCGCCAAAACGGAAGAUGUUUUUCAAAAAGGCAUGAGAGCCGGUGCAGAACCGAAAGCCGAUCUCGAGCAGGCACAUCGGAUGUUUGGCUUUUCCAUGUCCCAGCGUCUGUUGUACAAGGACGAGUGCAGCAAGCUCAAGUUUCAGUCAUCUCUCGUCGAGCGCCGUACCGCGCUUACUUCUUUGCGUACCACCCGGAAGAGGCAUGUCGGUAGCAUUCGCACCGGGUUGGCGGUAAAAAGCUCUCAACCGGGGCUCGUUAAUCAGGAAAAUUUAACAAAAAACAAUAUCGCAACAGGUGCGAUCAUUUACACCGACGAGCAGGGAAGCUCGGAGACGGGCAGCUCAAUCGUUCGACCUUUCUCGCUCGUUCACAAGGAACCGGAAAACAUUAUCGAAGCAGCACGAUUGUCCAAAAUUAAAGCUUCGUCGCAGAAAAAGUCAGCACUCUUUGUUACCCAUCAGGCGCCAUUGUUCGACAUACCGGUCGAUAAGGAAGUGUUUAAACCCAUCCCAGUACUAGUGGACAAUGCGUCAAAGGGCAUCACACUGUCGGGUUCGUUUUGUCAUCGAAACAAACCACAAACACCCUUCGAAGUGGGCAUCUGUGUGGGAGAUCCGAAGGAACGAGCGAUUCCAAUGUACGACAAGAUUCGGCUAUACUGUCGGGCAAAGGAACAAAAAAAUGCCAGUAGCGGGACAGGCAGAACUGAAUAUUCUCCUGAAGAGUUGCGCGCCUAUGGGUACUUUGUGAGACGUGGAAUCGAGAAUGGAUUUACCCAGGAAUUAGCUCAAGUUUGGGGUCGGGGAUGUGAAGUUGGUAUUCGGCUACAUCCGCUACAUGUUGCAGCGAGCAAAGCAAACGAGUCAGAUAAAGUCGCAUUUCAAAAUCCAACCCUCGAUAACUGCGAUAAGAAUAUUCAAACGAAGAUCCGGGACAUUUACUCAAACCCGAAGGAAGAGCAAUCGAUCGAAGAGCUGUUGGUCGAACGAUGGUUGAAAGGGAAAAUUAAUAAGUGUUUCGAUAGGCGCUACCAGGAUGAUAUCGAUCCGGUUGAUAUGGACGAAACGCACGUCGAAUCGAAGCGUAUAUCUAUGGGCCCAGCACGCUUCAGUAUGGCACCAACUGCAUUCUCAAACGAUCCCACCACUCAAUCCCAGAUGCGUCAGCGUAGAUCAAUUUUCCCCACGCAACCAUCCGGUCUCGUGACAGCCUGCAUUCAGGAAGAAACGGAAGAAGAGCUACGCAAUCGAAGUGCCGCCGCUAACGAGCAGCAGAGCACGUUGGAAAAUUCGUUGGGAGGAUUGACAUUGGCAUCCAGGAAACGUCCGUCGAACGAAGUCCUUGAGCAAGAGACGUCCAAAAAAGAGGAUUCAACACCAACUCCAUUAAAACAGGCAAUUGCAAACGAUGCUCAAACGAAGGAACCGAGUGAAGAGCCGGAACCCGUUACGGUUUCGAAGAAGGUAGAAAUUUUCGUCGACGAUAGUGAUGAGAAUGAUGAACGUGAAGAGAGGUCUCCAAAUUUUAAGCAACCCAACCAGAAUUUGAAUGAUGCGCCUCAAUUGCAGCAGCAACAAUCAUACUAUCCAAAUGAUACCUGCUCGACGCAAAUAUUUAAUUUGUUCGUUAAAAACAUAAGCACACCGGUUGCACCCGUUCGUAAGCUGUCUCCCGAAGGUGCCAUCUCGUCAACGGCGAGUGUGUCCAAGCGGAUCGUAGUUUUUACCGAUGAUGAAGAAAAUGGCACGGAAGGAAAUGAUCAGGAACCAGGUCCACAAUCAAAUGGGACAACAUCCAAUCAAGAAGUCUUUGCUGCUCCCGUACCGAUUCCUGGCGCGGUUAUAAAUGAUGAAAAUGCAGUUCCCUUGGUGGACAAUAUAACACCACCGUCUACCUCGUCCGGGUGUAAUAGCACGCAGAGUCACAAGCAACUGUCGACGAUAAUGGAGCGUACGGAAACGAGCACCGCUUCAUCGUCGACCGCUAGAGGUGUGUCCAAAUCUCCGACUGAUGCACAGGCACACUCACCUGAAGAAAUGGAAUCGGCAACAAAAUCCACCUUCCGCGAACCUGCUGAGCCUGUCCGAAAGCCAGUUUUUACCUUACCCGGUGAGGAUGGAAAAGGAUUCUGUAUACACGUCGACAGCACGGAAACGAUGGCUAACAUUCCACUGAAACGUGUUCCCAUGGAAUCACUACCGGUUCAAUCGGAUGAUAAGGAAAAUGUACUUGUCGCACGUGCUACAACCACAUCCGGGCCUGCUCAUACGGGUGGAAUCUUCCAACUGUCCGACGAACCAACGUUCAGUGGAUUCGGCUUUAUAGGAACCGGAGCAGCCAAAAACGUGUCUCAAAUGGUUCAACGCGAAUUGGAAGCAAAUUCGAUUGUCUCAUUCAGAAUGGGUACUGAGCGUACGAAUACUGUUCCGAUACAGCUGGUAAAACCUCAACACAUAAUUCCCGAAAUGGAAUCGAUCGUUCCGUCGGGUUCGUCGGUAAAAAAUGCUUCAACAAGUAGUAAUGCUAGUACACUUGUCAGUACCUCGUCACCAACAACUAUUGUCGAGGCACCUCAACCAGAAGCAUCAAGAAAGCAGAACAAUAACUCACUUCUCGAUCUGCUCGAUACAACGUUCUCACCGAAAGUGACCCCGAAAUCUGGUAAAGCGGAAAUUGCACCAAAAGACGAACAAGCUCGCCAAGAAUGUUCGUUCGAUUUGGGUGAUUUUAUCAAGUCACCUCAAAAGAAAACUAUUUCCGAACUACCACCACCAACGGUGGCUGCUGCUGCUCCACUGGCAGAUUGUAACGAUCUGUCGCUUCUUCCAAUGGAUCAGAUAAAGGUAGAAAAAUCACUCAACAUCGAUGCAAGUCUUGCUUUGCCCAGUUUUCGCCUUACCAAACCGGCCCCUCAACCCUCCAGCAGCAAGAUGGAACGCAUCGAUUUGGACGACUUUCCUUCACCAUUAGCACCGCCGGGCACGGCUGAGCGGGUUUCCCUGGACGAUAUUAACACGAUGGCUUUUUCGCUCAACAUUAACCAUGCGGUCAACUCAACCAUCAUUCAGGAUGGAUUAAUAACUCCGUCGAAAAAUCGUCCUCCUGUUUCAGAACACUCCAAGUUUCAAAUUGUCGAUGUGAAGGGAGGUGUAUCGCAAUCGGAUGGAUUUCUUAAACCAGCAGCGCCAGUUGCUGCAGUAAAAAAGCAACAACAUGCUUUUGUUGCGGAUGAAAUUGAAAAUCACAAUGUGGAUGAUGGAGAUCUCUCAAUUUAUCAUCCACGUCCCGCAAUUUCUCAGGACGCUGAACGGUGGGAUGAAGAUGAUGAGCCGUACGACACCAACGGCCAGCAAAACAACGUUUAUCAGCACAAGCUGGUCGAUAUGGACUGUACAAUGCAGCAGAUUAAUGCACACAUUAUGGUGGAGGACAUUGAUCCGUUUGAAAAGCAGCUACUGGAAGCGUUCCUGGAUCGGGUCGACUUUCUAACGUACAUUUCAGAGCAGCCGACAUGUUUGAUGGUGAACAAAUUGCAACCGCUCAAAAAGGAUGCUCUAAUAGAGAUGCAGGAAGCCGGAGUAACAUUCCGGGUGCUACAGAAAAUCGGCAAAGGAACUUACGGAACGAUUUUUUGUGCUAUGAAUGAAUUAACUGGCAAGAAGGUUGCUAUGAAGCAGGAACGUCCAGCAAAUCUGUGGGAGUAUUAUAUCUGUCUCGAACUACGAAGCCGCAUUGAAAAUCCUGAUAUUCUGCCCGGCUUUAUGCCGAUAGAUUACGCAAUAAUUGGCAAUAAUGCGAGCAUUUUUGUAUCGCCUUAUUCACGGUACGGCAACAUACUGGAUGUUUGCAAUCUGAUCAAUGGUACGACUGGUAGAAACGUGGACGAAUUUAUCGCCAUGAUACUGACCGCACAGAUCCUGUCGAUAGUGGAUCAUCUGCACAGCUGCCAGAUUAUUCACGCCGAUAUAAAACCAGAUAAUUUUCUGCUAAUGGGACCCAUUCAACUGGGCUCAAGUCUGCCCUGCGUACAGCUGAUCGAUUUUGGAGUUAGUAUCGAUAUGAAGCUCUUCCCGGAGGAUGUUAAAUUUAAAAAGGUAAUCACAACGCAAGGCUUCACGUGCAUCGAAAUGCUGGAAAACAGACACUGGACGUAUCAGCCGGAUCUGUACGGUGUUGCCGCUACCAGCCACGUCAUGCUGUUCGGCAAGUACAUGCAGGUGCAGAAAAAUAUUGCCAACUGGGGCAUAAAGACGCCGAUGCCCCGAUACUUCAAGAAGGUCGUCUGGGAAAACUAUUUUACCACACUGCUGAACAUACGCGAUUGUGAUCAUUUGCCAAACCUGCAAAAGUUGCGAACCGCCUUUUUGGAGGAGAUAACCAUGCACGAGAAGUACAUUCAGGCUAAGAUAUCCGAGUUUAACAAAGUGCUCGCAGCGUCGUGUAAGUGA